AUGACAGGGGUGGACUACGGUGCUUCUCUCAACUUCAUUGGGACGGAGUUCGCGAAAACGCUAGUGCAGGAGGCGUGUGACGUGGAGGCGAAGGAGUUCAAAAGCCUCCUUAACACCCUCGGCGGAUCAAAUCACCCACCAUCACCGUUGAAGCAUCAUCUCCACCACCCGCGGCAGAAAUUUCUGCCGUAUUUCUCCCAGCUGCAGCUGAAGAAGCAGAUCAGGCGGCCACAACCACACCACCAUCUGCGUGGGUCACGACAAUGA